UACGUCGAGGAUGUGAUAAUCUGGUGUCAACGGGGACAUGGAUGACAUAUGCCGAUUAGGUCAGGUGCCAAGUUUCUGCUGAGGCUGACAAUGUGAAGUCCACUCUUACACCAUUGACUCUCAUCUUAGACGUCACGAAUAGACCGCCGCCAAAGUCCAGGAGUCUCUUUUGUACGACAGGGCUGGCCUAGCCUGCCCCUUUCGGCACGGGCAACCAAUUCUUUUGCCACCUGAGUGUGGCCUUCGACUACACGCUUCUACCCGUGUUGGCUAGCGAUCUCAUGAGCGCUCCAUGUGGAGGGCGAGGCUGAUUCAUCCGUCUUACCAUGUCAGAGCUCAAUCGCAAGAAGGAUACCGGGGUCAAGGCCCCCAAAAUCGGAGAUGCAGACCGAAGAAGGAUUCGGUCGCAUGCUAUGCGACAUGUGAGACGCAUGCAAAGGCAAGCUCGCGAUGACGAAGACCGACUCAGUCAUGUCAAAUCGCCAGCGUUCCACCCAACCCAGCCGGCCGGCAUCGACAGCACGCGAGCCGCAGUUCAAGGCCAACACCGUACGCCCCUAACGUCUUCUCCGCAGCAUGGUGAUACUAUCGCCAGCACGCAUGCAUUCAGCAGCGGCGAUGGCGUCCGCGUGCAACGAAAAGCUCGAAUUCUCGAAGCCUCCCAGGGUCGCAUUCUCCCUCAGCCCGGCGGGAUGGCAUUCCACCGCUACAUCCUCGCAGAAUUAUUUGGUGCGAGCUUGAUUGGGUCGAGUGUGCAGCGCCACCGUUCUGUCGCCAUCUCUGACUACCGCAAAUUUGUAGCGACGACGCGAUCGGACGUCGUCCACGCUGUCGACGAUACCGUAUGCUUACUGCUGCCCGCCUGCACCCUCAACGACCCUCGGAUCCUCCUGGAGGCUCGGCAAAGACAUUUGGCAGCCGUAGGGCACAUGCGCAAGGCCCUCGAAGCUGACGCAUGCGACGUUGACGCCACAAUCGCCGCUGCGAUGGAGCUCCUCUUCACGGAGAUCUUUCAGCCCGUGUCCCUGGGCACGAACAGCUUGUACGAAGGCGUUGUUCACCUGGCACGCACUCACACGCUACAUCUGACAUCGUCGCAAGCACCCGUGACCCGCUUCCUGCUGGUCCAGUUCCGGCAGAUCAUGCUGCUGCAAGCUUUGGCCUCCCGCGCUCCCUUGCCGCUCGGCGUAGAGACGUGGCAGCACCUACCAGAUACCGGCCCUCUGCUGCCAGAGAUGGCUGAAACCUUGAUGCGACUGGCUAUUCGACUACCGGGCCUUCUCUCCGACGCACGUGAUGCUAUAUCGUCGAUCCCCUCGGAUCCUUUACGCAUCGACGUUGCCAUAUCGGAACUGCUGGUGCUGCAAAGCAGUCUGUCGCGGUGGCAGACUGGGUACUGUACGCAACCGACGGAUUUGUUUACAGCCGCUCCAUUCGUGCGGACUCCACAAGCAUCCUCCAACCUGGAUGGAAGCUGCGUUGUUCCCGACAUACGUCUAUCCUCUCACAAUCCUUCGCUCAGCAUUCAAUGUCAGACGCUGUGCUACAUUUGUCUUUUGUUGAUUCGAGAAGCUCUAGCGGACCUUGCUGCGGCUCACGGCGAAGUCACUCUGUCACAUUACUACUCCUCGCGUGCCACGCUUGCCGCCGAUGUGUUGUGUCGACUAGCGGCUCAUUUCGCGCAGGAAACAGACGACUUGCUCGACAAGGCUUUGUCCAUCUGCGCUCCGCUUCACUUUGUGCGCCAGUGGUACAUGACCAGCGGCGAUUGUCAGGGAGCGGAGUGGGCUCGGCAACAAGAGGCACGAGUACAAACAGCGAUACCAUUCUUGUCAUGGCCGUCUCUGCUUCCGCUUAGUCUCGUGUCCUUGUACAUGCAAGGAUGAGGACGGUCUAUCGAUACGCCAUUACAUUACAUGCAGCUCAUUCGCCCGCUUGCGAACCAGAAUGGGCAU